AUGUCCCCUACAAAAACCGUAGCCAUCAUCGGCGCCGGGCCCGGUGGCCUCACCUGCGCCCGCAAGCUCCUCCAACUCACUCCCAUCUCCGUCACCAUCUUCGAGAAGUCCACGGGCGUGGGUGGCCUCUGGGAGCGCAACAACCUCAUCAACCCAGAUAUGCGGGCCAACACUUGCAAGUACACAACCUUGUUCUCUGAUCUUUCGUGGGAGUCGGUGGACCUGGGCAGCAGAAAGCAUGCUCCAGUCUACCCGCAGGCCUGGAUGGUAGAGAGGUAUCUGCAAGAGUACGCGAAGAGGUAUAUUCCGGAGGGGUGCUUUGAGUUUGGGACGCGUGUGGUGAAGGCAGAGAAGGAGGACGGAAAGUGGAAGAUUGUGACUGUGAAGCAGGGCGAGGAAAGGGCGCGGCAGUUCGAUUACCUGGUGGUUGCUACUGGAUAUUUGUCGACGCCGAAACCGCUGGAUUGCGAGAUCGACGACGCACUUCGCACCGAGCCAUCUGUUCCACUUCUGCAUAGCACUCAAUACCGGAAGCUGGACCAAAUCUUCCCUCCCGAUGCCCGUUCCAAGGGGAAAGAGCGACGUCGAAUCCUCAUGGUGGGAGGAUCGCACUCUGGAUCGGAUAUAUCGACGUUGAUCGCACUCCAAGCAUCGAAUGCUCGCUGGGGUCCUGAUGGAAGCGACUCGCAUCCUGAAGUCGAAAUUAUUCACGUCAUGCGCAACAAGAUGUACGCUGUCCACGGUCUAAUCCCAGAUCUCAUCUCGCCGGCGGGCGCAUUUAUGCCUCUUGAGUUCAUGGUUCAGGAUCGCGCCAGCCGCGGCCCGGAGCCUAUCUCAUUUACGUUCGGACUAGCGGAUCCACAGGAGGAACAGGAGAAGAGAAUGCUAUUCCAAACGGUUGUGGAUGACAUCUUUGGUGGAGAGGCGGAUGACGAUGAGUUGCCGCCCUAUGGAGUAGUGAGCGAUACGUACACGCUUCAAGUGGAAGCCGGUGUUAUUAAGCCAGUGAUUGGGGUGUUGGAAAGGUUGGAGAAAGGAAGUGAGUCCGGGCGCGUCGUUGCGACUAUCAAGGGCCGAGAUGGCAAGAUCAGACGAUUCGACGACAUCUCGGUCGUCAUCAACGCGACCGGCUUCGAUUCGUGUGGCAGUCUGUCAUUCCUCUCUCGUGAGAUCAAGGACCAACUCGGUUUCGACGAAACAAACACACGCCUUCCGCUCAUCCUGGACUCCAGCUACAUGGCCCAGCGCUCUACCGUUCCGGAUAUUGCGCUGCUCGGAUUCACCGGCGUGAACUGGGGCACGAUGGAAAUGCAGUCUCGCUCUAUCGCCGCUAAAUGGUCCGGGGGCACCCCAAGCCAACAAUCCUCUACAGAAAGCCUAGAGAACUCCAACGCAAUAGCCGCUCAUAUCCAAGCCGUGAGAGAAGCAAUGAAAGACGGAAGAAUGACGGAGGUCCCACAAAUCCUCUUUAGCGAUUAUCUCGGCCUCAUGGACCAAGCCGGCAGGGAACUCAAUAUGGAAAGGGUCAACGCAGGUUUCGGCGACUUAGAAGGCUUCAUGUGCGCUGCACGGUAUGUGGAACCGGGUGCGGACAAGACGGAAGCUAUGAGAACGCUGCAUAGCAUUCAGCAUAUGCAAAAGAGAUUGCGAGAGAAGAAGUUGUAUCUCGCACGGGCUGUCUUUCAGGGACUCCUGGGAAGAUGGAGAAGUGAGACAGAGCAGGGAACUACGCAUGAUGUUGAGGUUCAUCCCCGGAGUCCUACAUCCCCAGAGUACGACCUCGAAUACGUCCUGCUCCACACAACGACCCAGCGAGGCAUGGGAAAGUACGCAGUAGGGAAUGAAGAAAGAAUGAUCGCGCGGUACAGCGAAGCAGAUGACGAAAUUUCCCUUUGGGCCGUGGACGAAAAG